UCUACUGGUGAGAGGUGGAGCCAACACAAAACAAAGAACUCAAGUUAGAUCAAGCACCAGAGGAGUCCUGUUCGUGUGUUAAAGAGCAACAGACGAGACUUGCAGUUCUUGGUCAUGGAUGACUUUGUCCGUAACAAAUUAACUGAAUGGGGUCUCAGCAAUCUCAUUAAGAAAUUUAAAGAUCAAGAAAUUGACGAGGAAAGUUUUUACGAUCUUGAUGAUAAAGAAAUUGAUAAACUCAUCACAAAGGCGGGACCAAGGAUAAAAUUCAAGAGACAAUUCACAUUGUUUAAGAAAGAAAAAAACACAACUUAUCAGGAAACAGUUGAUUCUUCUGCCCACGAGCAUGAAGAAGCUGUUUCUGCUCAGGUGUAUCCGUCCACCAGUGACACCAGUAAUAAAGAAAUACUGACUAAAGUGAAAAGCAUCAUGAGCUUUGUUAAGAAAAGACUACCGGCCCAAGAAAACAACCUCAACAGAUUCUUGAAGGUUAAAAUUGAUGAUUUGGAGACAGACAAGAGGGAGUUGGUCGGUGUAUUUGGUAGAACUGGGGCUGGAAAGAGCUCUUUGAUAAAUGCUGUCAUUGGAGAGAAGAAUCUCUUACCCACUGGAGAUGUCAGUGCAUGUACAUCAGUCAUGAUCAAAGUUGAGGCUAACAAGCAGAACAAAACCUAUCAGGCGGACAUUGAGUUCAUCCCAAAUGAGGAGUGGAAGGAUGAGUUGUUUCAGUUUCUUGGGGAUAAAGCAGAUCAGGAAGAUGACUAUUAUCCUGACUUUGUUGAAAAGCUGUCAGCGCUGUAUGGAGAAGAAAAGGAAAACAAAACCUCUGAAAUGCUCAUGGAGAAAAAAUAUUUCAAAGAAAUUCCGGAAUUUCUCGAAAACAAGAAGAAGAUUUUGACUUAUGAAUCAGCUGAAAAGCUAUCUGGAACACUUGUCAGAUUCACAAGACGUGACUUAGAAGACAGAGAAAGUAAAGUAAAGAGGUGGUACUGGCCACUGGUGAAGUGUGUGACUGUGAGGGUGCCUAAAAAUGAUCUUCUCCAGCAUGUCACACUUGUGGAUCUUCCUGGAAAUGGGGACCGUAACCAGAGCAGAGACAAGAUGUGGAAACAGUUAGUUGGAAGUUGUUCGACUGUGUGGAUUGUGACUGACAUUGAACGAGCAGCAGCAGAGACAGAAGCCUGGGAGAUCCUGGAAAAUGCCAGCAGCCUCAUGGGAAAUGGGGGCGAGUGUCAGCACAUUCACUUUAUCUGCGCCAGGUCUGAUGUGAAUCUUAAUGACCGUGAAGCUAUACUUAAAAGAAACACGAAAGCAAAGAAAGUAGUGAGCGAACAAUUCAGCCAACAAGAGACGAUCAAGAAACAAUUCAGUGAUGAAUAUUUGAAAGUUUUCACAGUGACCUCCAACGAGUUUCUAGAGAAAAAACUUCUAAACCCAGAUGAAACUGAAAUACCCAAACUUAAGGAAUUUCUGCAAAAACUCAAUGACUGUCACUCAGAGACAGUAAACUAUGUGUCUGGAGCUCAUGGGAUUCUCUCUCUGAUUCAAGGGGCCAGCCGUAGAAAAGGGGCUGGCAAAAACACAGAUGUGUGCACAGACCUUGACAAAAAGAUGAAGGAUGAACUUGAUAAAGUCAGAAAACCCAUGGAAGAGGCCUACGUGGCUUUUGAAAAAUGCCUCAGUGAGGGGGUUGAAAGAUCAAAACGUUCAUGUGAAAGUGUCUUGAAGUCGUUCUUACAUCCUAGAAAUAUGAAAGGUGGAGCUUUUCACAAGCCAUUGAAGUGUGUAGUUGAGAACGGUGGCACCCACAAACCAAAAAAAGGGAAAGAAAUGAAUCUCAAUGGAAAGUUAGCUUCAUGCCUGACUGACAGCAUUGACGAGGAAUUCAAGAAGACCUUCCCAAAUGAAAGAAAGUGUGGACCAUUUAACAAUGUCAUCAAUACGUUUUCACUUGACACAAAGAGUCUGAUUGAAAAGUACAAAGAUGUCGAACUGCAGCUGAUAUUUCUCAAGACAGAGGAAGACAAAAUUAAGACAGAACUCAACAAAAUGAUCCGGGAGCGUAAGAAAACGAUCUACAAGAGUUUCACCGAGACAAUUGGGGAAAACAUGCAAGAAGGCUAUAGCCAAGCAGCAGGGUUUUGUGGUGAGGGCUCGCUGAAAAACAUGAGGGACACGAUUGAGAAGCACGUACGUGCUGCAAAGAACAUCAUGUUUGAGAAGGCUAAAGAAAAAAUGUUGAACCAGCUGAGAGACUUGAGGGAAGAGAUCCUGGAGAAGCUGGAGAAAACAAUGCAGGAAUCAAUCGAGCUGUCACUCAAGACAGAUGGUGACUCAAUCCCAGAUGUUACAUGGCAGCUUAAGGAGGUGAAGGACUACUACAAUGAACUGUAGGCCCAGCAGCAGAGUCCAUGACGUGCACAGGUUUGCUCUGUGGAGAGAAACAGCAGAGGCCAGAUUACCCACUGAAGGUCCUGCAGACACACUGAUUACUGACAUCAGGCCUCUGGAUUUGGUCUCAACCAUUUUUGCUAUCCCUGUCCUCUUUAAAUGUUGUUUUGAUAUGUACUUUGAGUUUGCUUAUGGUGAAUUACAUGGUGAGAGAUUUUAGAUUUUCUAUUUUUGGUAGGACAUUUUUGAUUAUAGAUCAGAGACAGACAGAAAAUGUGGAGAGAGAGAGAGAGAGAGAGAGAGAGAGAGAGAGAGAGAGAGAGAGAGAGAGAGAGGGAGAGAAUGCAGCAAAUGUUCCCAAUAUGAUUUAAACCAUGGACAUUGUGGUUUUAAUGGUACACAUCUUAGCCACUAAGGCACUAACGUUUUGUUUUUAAUGAUUUAACAUGAUUAGAUUUUUUGUUCUCUUUGAAUAUAUUUUCAUGUUUUUUCCAUAAUUUUAUUUCAUUAGUAUUGGUCAAUUAGGAUGAGAGUGGUGAAAGUUUAAUGAUUUUAUGGGUGUGUAAUUUAAAUCAUAACCUUGAUUUCGGUACAUACUGUAGGUUAGAUUUGACAUAGGCUACUCAAAGAAUGAUGAUGAUCUUUUUUCCUCAAUGUUCAAAGACUAUAGUAUUGCUUACUGCAAAAUAAUGUUUUUAUGUCUUCAUAUAUGAGAAAGAGAGAGAACUAGAUGAUAGCAAUAAACCUGCUGGCUUCUCACGAUUCACUGUCCUUUUUUUUUUUUUAAUCUACACUAUUUCUAAAUGCUUAAAUAAUUGUAUAUGGUAUACUGCCCAAUAAACCUCAAUAAAGUUCACUUAUGAGUCAAAGUGUCA